CUUGGAUCUUCCGUCGGUUUAAUUAUGGUCAUUAAUGGUGGAUGCAUUGUAGAUCCAUGGUUGAAGAUAGCAGCACGCCUUUCCCGUUAGGGCUAAUAUGAAGCAUUAGGAGGAAUAUGCUUCUGAAUGGAGCUAAAUUAGGCGUUAAUCCGUCAAUGCUCAUGCUAUGUGGGGAUUGUUUUCCCCUCAAGCUUAUUCUUGGUCUGACCCACUGGUACUUCAGCUUGCCAAGCGAACCUCGUCUCCGCUCACCCCCGACCAACUUCCAAGGUUCUUGGCAUUGUCUCCAACGAUUCCACUCCGCCAGAAGGUCUUGGAUUCUUAUUUUUCUUUUAUUCUCCUCUUUUUAAUGACCAUUUAUCGACGCGCUCGUAGAUCCGAACGUAUAUAUUUACUGCCGAGCAUGUAUGAUAAUUUGGGAGAAAUGCUGAAAAGGGUAAAGUGGAAAAAUUCGAAUCAGAAAUAUGAUCAGCGGUCAUAGCGCAUUGCUCUUCGACCUGCGGAAACACAGA